GUACACCAGAUGAUGAUAAACCCCGACUCCACAUACCCAUUAUACACCGCUUAUCCUGAAUACAACCUCACUGACCUCAAUGACAAAUCACGCACCGUAACCCUCACGUCAAAAGAAGGAAAACGAGUCGAGCUCAAUGUCUCUUUUGCUGUUGUCCUGGUCGGCUCAAGACCGGAUCUAUCAUUCCUACCUCAGAACUUCAAGCUAGCCAUCAGGAAGAACCUUCCUCUGGACUGCAAAACGAACCCUGUCGACAUAAACAGGUUGUCUCAUAGCGUUAUCGGUUACGAUAAUUUAUUUGUGAUUGGCCCUCUUGCCGGGGAUAAUUUUGUAAGGUUUCUACCAGGGGGGGCUUUAGCUGUUGUUUCGGAGCUGUAUAGGAGGAAUAAUUAUAGCUGA